UUGCCAUGGCAUUCACACAUUCUCUCCUUGUAUGCUUCUUACUUCAAUUCUUGUUCUCUUCUUCUCAUGCAUCUCUUUCUUCUGAUGAAAUUUGCAGCAACACCCCUUUUCCUAGCUUAUGCAAAUCUUUACUCCCUCAGAAUAAUUCUAUUGAUAUUUAUGACUCAGGAAGGCUCUCCAUCCAGCUUUCCCUUUCAACAACUAGUCAGAUUCUUAAAUCAAUCAAUGAUUUUCUCAAUCCAAUUGAUCUAUUACUGCCUAAAAGCACCAGUUCUGCUCUCCAAGAUUGCCAGUUCCUCCUUGGUCUAAACAUCGAUUUGUUAUCGAAUGCUGCUGCUGUUACUAAGAAACCGAAAGAUUUCCUUGCGAAUACAGAAGCAGAUGAUGUAUUAACCUGGCUUAGUGCUACUAUAACCAAUAAACAAACUUGUUUGGAUGGUCUUCUAGUUGCGCCUUCUAUUUUACAGGUUUCUAAGUUGAUUACCCCCUUAAUUUCUAAAGGAAGCAUGACGUGUAGCGUGUCACUCGCGCUCUUUAAGAAUGGGUGGAAUCCUGAUUCUCUUUUAGGGAAGGUAAUUAGUUGGAGUAUGUUGAAAAUUAGCCAAAAGGUAAUAGUGAAUCCUGAUGGAACUGGGGAUUUUACUACUAUCAAUGAUGCAAUCGCAGCUGCCCCGAACAAUACCCCAGCAGAUGAAGGCUAUUACCAGAUAUAUGUGGUUGCUGGUGUCUACCAUGAGUAUGUUUCUAUUGCUAAAAACAAGAAGUAUUUGAUGAUGGUUGGUGAUGGCAUAGACAAGACUAUAAUCACUGGGAAUAGAAAUGUACCUGAUGGAUGGACAACUUUCAAUUCUGCCACUUUUGCUGUAGAUGGGCAAGGAUUUGUGGCAGUAAACAUUACCUUUAAGAACACAGCAGGAGCAGCAAAAUUCCAAGCCGUAGCCGUAAGGAAUAAUGCUGAUCUUUCCGCAUUUUACUCCUGUAGCUUUGAAGGGUAUCAAGACACUCUGUACACACAUUCCCUGAGACAAUUCUACAAAGACUGUAAUAUCUAUGGGACUAUAGAUUUCAUAUUCGGAAAUGCAGCAGUUGUUUUCCAAAACUGUAAUAUAUAUCCACGCCUUCCAUUACACGGCCAGUUUAAUGCAAUUACAGCACAGGGCAGAACAGACAUUAACCAGAACACAGGCAUAUCCAUGCACAAAUGUACCAUUACUCCUGCUUCUGACUUAGCCUCGUAUGAUGGCAGUAAUCCAGUACGGACAUACUUAGGCAGGCCAUGGAAAGAGUAUUCGCGAACUGUUUAUAUGCAAUCAUUUAUGGACAGUUUUAUUCAUUCUGAUGGUUGGUCGAUUUGGACAGGAGAUUUUGCGUUAAGUACGUUGUAUUAUGCUGAAUAUAAGAACACGGGUCCAGGAUCGGAUACCAGUAACAGGGUUACAUGGCCUGGUUAUCGUGGUGAGAUUGACUUCCUGGAUGCAUCUUAUUUCACUGUCUCCAAUUUCUUAGUGGGGAAUUAUUGGCUGCCUUGGACUGGAGUUCCUUACACUGGUGGUUUAUAUUUAUAAGCAAGGAAUUUUUCUUGAUCUUUUAUUUAAUUUGAUUGUGCACUUCAGUUAAUUGCAAGUGAUCACUGUAUCCUCUUUA